CUCUUUUGUGCUCCCAAACCGAACAUAACACUCACAAACUCAAGCAACACAUCUCUCUCUCUCUCUUAUUAUCUUUCAUUUUAAAUCCCUAGAUUGCCCUCGAGAUCGAUGGAGACAAAGCUGAUUAUAACUCUCAGUUCUUCGUUCAAAUCCUAAGCCUUUGUCUCCUCAUCAUUCUAAGAGAAAAUAUACAACAACCGUCAAGUUCUACUAAAAUCAUGAGACCCAUCUUAGACCUCGAGAUUGAAGCUUCAUCGGAACAUGAUCAUUCAGACAGCACCAAUAGCCAAGUUGCCUCAAACUUGUCUCCCCUGGGAGACGACUACAAACCAAUCUCUCUGAAUCUUAGCCUAUGUUUCAAUAACAACAACACCAAUUUGGAUCUUGAAUCAUCUUCUUUGCUACCAGUUUCGGGCACUAGCGAAAAUAGCAACCCGGAGCAGCAGCAGCAACAACAACAACCAUCUGUAUCAAAUAGAGUCUUCUCUUGCAACUAUUGUCAAAGGAAGUUCUACAGCUCUCAGGCUCUUGGCGGUCACCAAAACGCUCACAAACGCGAGAGAACGCUCGCGAAACGCGCUAUGCGUAUGGGUCUCGCAGGGGUUUUCCCUGGCAGAGGAUCCAAUAGCACAUACGCGGCUGCUGCAACAGCAGCCGCUCUCUCAUGCCUCCCGCUUCAUGGAAGCGGAAACGGUAACAUGACAUCGUUCAGGACUUUGGGAAUAAGGGCGCAUGCCUCGUCCCACGACCUCGGCAUUGCAAGGCCAACAACAGAAACUGUUAUUAGAAACAUUGCCAGGUUUAACCAGGGGUAUUUCAGUAACUGCGUACCUUUUUUCGUGGAGGACGACGAGGCUGAGCUUCUCUGGCCAGGGAGUUUCAGGCACGCGGGAGAUGCGGUUGGGUCUGAAGCGGGUGGUAAUGGUAAUUUAGGUGGAAGUAAAAUGGAUUACUUGGAGGUCAAACAAGCAAUGGAUAUGGAGAGUUCUCUUCCAGAUCUAACCUUGAAGCUUUGAGCUAUCUUUUUUUUUUUUGAAUUUGGAUUCUUAAUUUGCUUGCACGAGCUUCAUAACUCUAUUUAUGUACAGUGAGCGUUUCACAAACCGUUUCUAAUAUGCUUUCGUUAUAUGGUCACUAUCGUUAGUAUUUGCUUAUGUGUAUUGGUAAAGGAUAUGUAUUUGAUAUCAAGUAUAAAAGUGUGCACUUGUUAAUAAUCGCUACGUAAAUAUUCGCGCUAUCAG